AGUAAUGAUCAUAUCCAUGCAGAAUUAUCCCCUUCGCAACUUUGGCUGCCUAGGUAGGCAGAGAAAUCGAAGAAUAUUGCCCAGGCAGUCAAUUUACAAGAGCAUUCACUGAACGGAAGGAGAAAAUAUCAUCAGAUUUAUAUAAUUCUUUGCAUUGAAUUGUUUAUUUUGUUCCAAAAUUGUAUGUUGUUGGCCGCCUAAACGUCAAGAUUAGUAAAAUCCCUGAACAUGAGGAGUGUGAUAUUUUGCGCGGUGUCGUUCUUUUUUUGCGGAGUUGGGGUAUCGGGGGAGACCAAAACCACGGAUACAUUUCGUCUCUUCACGAACCUGUUCGCCAAUUACUCUAAAGAUAUACGACCUGUAGAGAGAUCAACCCAGAGCAUCAAUGUUCUAUAUGGAAUGGCCAUCAGACAAAUCAUUGACAUGGAUGAACGCAAUCAGAUUAUAACAACAAAUGUGUGGUUACGACAGGGCUGGAGUGACGCCAAUCUAAAAUGGAACCCGGAUGAUUACGGCGGGAUAACAAAGAUCACAAUCCCUUCUUCAGAAAUCUGGAAACCCGACAUCAUUCUCUACAACAAUGCGGACAGCUCUUUCAAGGGCGCCAUGAAGACAAAUGCUGCCGUCUCAUUCGAUGGCACUGUCACUUGGCUAGCUCCGGCAAUCUUCCGGAGUUCCUGUAAGAUCAACAUCAACUACUUCCCCUUCGACAAGCAGGAGUGUACCCUGCAGUUUGGAUCAUGGGCCUACACCACUGAGCAUCUGAACCUCCUGAACCGCUCGGCCUCGGGAGACACCGGAAGCUUUCUUGUCAAUGGUGAAUGGAGGCUGGAAGAUUUCCCAGUCAUCAGGACAUUGCCACAGUAUGGCUGUUGCAAGUACCCAUUCUCCAUUCUAGACUUCGUACUAAUCAUCAGAAGAAGACCAUUGUUCUACGUCAUCAACAUGCUUGUCCCAUGUAUCUUGGUAUCUGCCCUCACUCUCCUCACCUUCUAUCUACCCGCUGAUACCGGAGAGAAGUUCACCCUCUGCAUCACUAUACUUCUCUCACUUACUGUCUUCCUCCUGCUUGCGGCCGAGACCAUGCCCCCAACGUCAGAGGUGGUGCCCCUUAUUGCCCAGUACUACAUCACCACAAUGGUUUUGGUGUCCGGUUCUACAGUGUUAACAGCCAUCGUUCUCUAUAUCCACCACCGUGGCACGUACGUGGGUAGAGCGCCCUCUUGGUUUCGACGAUUCACGCUCGAUUACCUGGCUAAAUUUAUGUGCAUAAAAGAGUGUAAUAUCACAGAUGAUGUCACAGACAAGAUACCCCAAAUCAACUUUGAGAAUGCUUCAGGAAGCAGCGGCUCAUCCACUGGGGUAGUUGAGGCUGGCCGUCAUAGCAACGAGAUGCCUCUCGAACUCGAUGUAGCCAACCUACCGACGUCACAGUCCAGCACGUGCGUCCAGCUUGAUCGCCGGGGUCGUAUACGCUUCAUCAUGUCCCAAAUCGCAUCCUAUCUCAGGAAAGUCAUGGAGACGACUGAAGACGGACUUGUCGAUGACGAGAUCAAGGGUGAAUGGAUGAGGAUCGCCUUCGUGAUCGAUCGCUUCUUCAUGUGGCUGUUCGGACUCAGCACCGCCGUGGCUACGUGCGGAGUUUUACUUCAGGUUAAGGAAUAAUUUCCUCCAUCCCCUUCUCUCUCAUGUCACCCGCCCCCACUCUCUCAUACACUCCCUUACUUCUCUUUUUAUUCUUCCCUCACUCUGUCUCUCUUACAGAGUAGCAAUGUAAUUUGAAGAAAUCGAACUCUUGUCUUUCGACAUGUUAAGCAAUGCACAAUUUUUAAUGAAAAUUAAGUCUGUAAGGUCACAUGUAAAUUUGAUAUUACAAGAUUAAACAUGUGUUAAAUGUAAAUUGAUUUGAAAAGAUAAGAUUAAAAUUGAUUAAUGAUCAUUUAGUAAUUGUCUUAUCAAGUUUCAAAUUAAAGCAUUUAUUGUUAUUCAAAAGUACAGAAUGUACAAGUGUUCGAAGGCGUCGGCUGGUUGAGCAUGUUGAGCAUGGGAAGGUGGAACUAAAGUGGUAUGGGGUGCACAUCUUGGGGAGGUGGAACUAAAGUUUGGAAAAUCAAAUGUUAAAAGUAGAAGAACAUGAAGAAGGGGUACAAAUUAUGUUUUGCUUGCCAAUGUCCGAACUCCUCUGCCUCAGCGGGAGGGUGCACGUGCGACCCUAGCCUACGCCCUUGUUAAAUUAAAAUAUCUUUGAAACUAAAUGAGUUAAAAAAAAUAAUUAAUUCAUUAGAAUUAAUCAAUUAUUAAUAUAUUUAUUAAUAUGAAUUCCACGUUCAAAAGAACAAGUAAGAGCUGCCUAACAUACCCUCUCCCAUGUCCUCACACACCAUUGUUCUCAUUCACAUACGAACAAAGCAGAAAAGACUAACAGAUAAUAGUCGACCUCUGGGUGGGUAUAGAAUGUAUAAAGUUAACUUUUUAUUGGAAUGGUCUACACAUUUCUGUCCAAUUCGUGUUAAUGAUUAAUACAUAUGCAACUGUCUACAUGUUCAUUACUACGAUUUUGAAGUUAAUAUCCACCUUUGCAUGGGGUGUAAAAAAGGGUCAACUCAAUUCAGCUAAAUUACAUUUAAAUUAUAAAUGGCAGUCAUGAACUGCAAAUAAAUAAAGUGCUUUUUAAAGUAAAUCCGCGGAUAAGAGUAUAGAUUUCAAGGGAAAAUUUCACUAAAUUUGAAGCAUUAUUGUUCUCAUUCCAUGCCUGUUGGAAAUUAUAUCGGUAUGGCCAAAUCAUGAAGCCAAUAAAAUAGUAUUAAAUUCAUGAUAAUAUGUACAAAGACUUAUCACAUUUUGUUAUAAAUAGCAUGUACAUAUAUGAUAUCAUGUAUAGAUGGAUAAUUCUACAUGUCUUAUUGUGUAAAUUGAUAUACGUAUGAAUUUAAUUUUUUUAUUGGAAAUGAGAAAAAUAAAAACUUAACUGAACUGAGUGUAAAAGCUUUGUCGCGAAGCUGUCUCCUCAUUAUAAGGUUCAAUUUAAUAUUGUACAUUCAUUAUCUGAUAACUUUUCUUUUGUAUUUCGUUUGAUAACCGACUGGACUAUGGUCAAAAUCUUUGGUAUUUCACUAAAUGUGCCUUCAUUUUUUUAAAUCUAAAUGAUUUGUUAUUUGAGGCAAAUGAGAUUGUGAUUAGACUACUUUUUGUAUUGUGUCGAUUAGGAUUAUGGUGCAAGAAGACUUCAACGAAACUAGUGCACAUUUUUGAGGGGCGGAAAGGAAUUUCAUAACAACCAAACGAACAUGUUCUGAUGAUAUUACCAGAAAAGGCCAAUAUACCACAUCAGGGUCAUGAAUCAUUGAUUACCAAUGGUGUAACAUGAUGUUGUCUUUUCAAAUGUAUACGUAAUAAACAAAUGAAUAUUUUACGCUACCCUUUAUAACAUUUGUCACAACAUUUGCCAAGAUAUGUGUAGAUAUUUACAAUAUGCAUCCGAAAAUUCCCUUUUUAGAAACAAAAACAAAAUUUACAACACAUUUCUGAUUAUUUAUAAAAGGGCGAUGCGAGUCAAGACUAAACGAAUGCGCGUAAUGUGGUUCGAGAUCCACUGUGAGUUAUGUAUACAGUUCGUCGGAUUUCAGUUCCCCUAGAACAUGUAGAACGUAAUUGUCGUAAGAAAAAAAAAAUACUGUAUCGGAAGAAUUAUUCGUUUUAACUUUUAUAGACUACCCGAUCAAUUAGAACCAGGUUGUACAAUUUGUUUUUACUGUGUAAUUGAGUAACUCGGAUUGGCGAUGAAAUGAAGGUGUUGAUUUCUUAUUGUAUAUUUUUACAAAAACUUUGAAUGUAUAAUUCACAUUUUGCAAUAUUUUGAGGAAUGAUGUUUCUACUGAAAUUCAAAAAUUUCAGUCUUUUUUCUACCUUCCCUGUAAUUGAAUUACUGCAGCAUUCGUUCACUGAGUUUUUAUUUGUAUAUAAUUGGUAAUAAAUUAUGUUCUACACGUACAUUAAAUAAAUUUUAAGUCAAUCCCCUUCGUACUAAUUUUGUAUAAUAUCCCUUACACUGUAUCUUUCUUGGUUGUGUGACUAUACUUCUAUCUAAAUAGAAUAAAAAGGAUAAGCGUGGUCA